GUCAAGUUGCGGGUCAACGCGAACUGCUCCUCUUCUAUGCACGUAUAGCAGCAAAUCAGUAUCAAAAGCGGAAGUGUCUGCUCCGAUUCUCCCUCAAAUCUCCUCGUCCUGUCGCACGGUCGAAAUUAAACGCGCCGGUUAACGCUAAAUGCCUCGAUGGGCUUCUGGUCCAACAUCUGCGGUUGCUUGGAGAAGGGGCCGAAGGUCGACCGACGCACCGGUCCCUCUACAGUCGACGAAGCCGAAAGCGGCGGCGAGGCUUGGAAGAUUUUCUUCGAUCUUCAGAUUCUGCAGGUUGCCACCAAUUUCUUCUCGGAAAUGAACCAGCUCGGACAUGGCGGCUUCGGUCCUGUCUACAAGGGAUUGAUGCCAAAUGGUCAAGAAAUAGCUGUGAAGAAGCUUUCACUACAAUCAAGGCAGGGGUUGAGAGAAUUCACUAAUGAGGUGAAGCUACUAUUAAAAAUCCAGCAUAAGAACCUGGUUACCUUGCUGGGUUGCUGUGUUCAAGGUCCUGAGAAGAUGCUUGUGUAUGAGUACUUGCCCAAUAAAAGCCUUGAUUACUUUCUCUUUGAUAGAGACAAGUCUUCAUCCUUGGAUUGGGCAACGCGAUUUCAGAUUGUCACAGGAGUUGCACGAGGUUUACUCUACCUGCACGAAGAAGCGCCUGAAAGGAUCAUUCAUAGAGACAUCAAGGCUAGUAACAUAUUGCUUGAUGAGCAGUUGAAUCCUAAAAUUUCAGAUUUUGGCUUGGCAAGACUCUUUCCUGGGGAAGACACCCAUGUGAAUACAUUUAGGAUUUCUGGUACUCGUGGUUAUAUGGCACCCGAAUAUGCACUACAUGGAUAUUUAUCUGUAAAGACCGAUGUUUUCAGUUAUGGUGUCUUGUUGUUAGAAAUUGUAAGUGGGAGAAGGAACCAUGACGGCCGACUUGGCAAGGAAAUGCCAGACCUCGUGAACUAUGCUUGGACACUUUAUAAAGACGGGAAGAUGCUGGAGUUAAUGGAUUCAAGUCUUGCCAAGUACAACCGGGAUGAGGCAGCCAUGUGCAUUCAGCUAGGGUUGUUAUGUUGUCAGCAAAGUGUAACAGAUAGGCCUGACAUGAACUCUGUUUAUCUCAUGCUUUCAAGUGACUCAUUUACGCUGCCAAAACCCGGAAAACCUGCAAUUCAAGGCCGUUUAGGUCGAUGGACGACCACUUCUACUUCUGCCUUCACUAACACUAAUGCUACCAGUACCAAUACUGGUGUUACCAAAGCAUCAGGAGGCAGUAGUUAUGCAGAGGAUUAUUCUAGGAAUUCCAUUUCGAUUUCUUCUUUUGAUGAAGGUAGAUGACUGCCUUCUGUAAUUUUUUGAAAGAGAUUGUGCUUGUUAAUGUUUAUGUAAAGAUUUAUUCAUGUGUUUAUAAGAUAAUGAAUUUCAUUUGUUUAAGUCUUAAGUAUGCGAUGUGUGUAAAGGAGAAAAGAACCAAGGGGGAGACAGAGAGAUCUAAUAGAAAGAGAAUGCUGACAGUUAAUGAUAGAUUUAACUUUCUAAACC